AUGUCUCCUGAAUUCCAGAGUUUUCAUUCACUUGUAAUAAAACUUAAAAAUGGAAAGAGGAAAUCGAUGUUUAACACUCGAACAGAAGAAUCAUCAGCUAUGCAGUAUUUUCAAUUUUAUGGUUACUUAUCUCAACAACAGAACAUGAUGCAAGACUAUGUUCGUACAAGCACUUAUCAACGUGCUAUUUUAGGAAAUUUAUCAGAUUUUAAGGACAAAAUUGUAUUAGAUGUUGGAGCUGGUUCAGGAAUUUUAUCAUUUUUUGCUGUACAAGCUGGAGCUAAAAGAGUUUACGCUGUUGAAGCAAGUAGUAUGGCUAACUAUGCUAAAUUAUUGGUUACAGCAAAUAACUUGUCCGAUAAAAUUAUAAUAAUUUCUGGGAAAAUUGAGGAAAUCGAAUUACCUGAGUCAGUUGACUGCAUUGUAAGUGAACCCAUGGGUUACAUGUUAUACAACGAGAGAAUGCUUGAAACUUAUCUGCAUGCAAAAAAAUGGCUGACUGUAGGUGGCCGAAUGUUUCCUACCAGAGGUGAUUUACAUAUUGCUCCAUUUACAGACGAAAACCUUUACAUGGAACAAUUUAAUAAAUCUAAUUUUUGGUACCAGACGUGCUUUCAUGGAGUAGAUUUAUCAGCUCUUAGAAUUCAUGCCAUCAAGGAGUAUUUUAGACAGCCAAUUGUGGAUACUUUUGAUAUUCGUAUUUGUAUAGCUAAAUCUGUUCGUCACAUUAUUGACUUUCAAACAGCAAACGAAACUGACUUGCACAAUAUUGAAAUAGAUGUUGAAUUUCAUAUUUUAGAGAGUGCAACAUGUCAUGGUUUGGCGUUUUGGUUUGACGUAGCUUUUAUUGGUUCUUCACAAGAAGUAUGGCUAAGCACUUCACCAACAGAACCGCUUACUCAUUGGUAUCAAGUUCGCUGUUUACUUGAAAAACCGUUAUUCUGCAAGAGCGGACAACUAUUACUGGGUAGAGUGAAUUUAAGCGCUAAUAAAAGGCAGUCAUAUGACGUGACCAUAAAACUAAAAUUGGAAGGAACAUGUAUGAGUAGUGAAAACACGUUAGACCUCAAGAAUCCAUAUUUCCGGUAUACAGGAUCGCCUACACCACUGCCACCUGGACUUAAUAGUAUAUCACCUAGUGAAUCAUAUUGGAAUACUAUAGAUGCUCAAGGAGCCCGUCAAGCAAUGAACAUGGUUAAUGGAUUAUCAGUGAAUGGGUUGGGAGAAGUUUCGAUUGAUGCAGAAACUGCAGUAAACACAAAUAAUAUAAAUAACUUGGGACAACCCAAUAUCCAUCCAGGUUCAAUAACCAGCACUGGUCGUGGUAGGGUUGCUGUUUCAGCGACAAGCACGCAAGCAGCACAAUUAAUUGGAGGCGGUAUAACUCCGAAUAUGUUUACAUCGCCAACAACACAAUCACUUGUUUUCGGAAGUUCGACUCAGUAUUCGAUUAAUCCAAAUCUAAUGAUUGGUGACUACGUCGCACCCGGAAACAGUGGAAUCACAUCCAUGUAUAAAAAAUAAAGUAAUACAUUUUGUUAUAUUACAUAUUGUUAUAGUUGCAUGAGAGACAUCAUGAUUUCUUUUUGUAUUAAUAUGUGGGAUCUGAUAAAGCUACACCAAUCAGUAAAUGAUAAGAGCUUCUAGUGAUGUUCGCAAAUCUUAAGUAACAAUGAAGGCGUUUUUAUUAUUGUGAUAAAUCUUACUGAUAGUUCUUAAAGAAUUAGCAUGGCAGCAGUGUGAUUGUUGAAGAAAAUGCUUAUUUUAUUAUUGUGCUAUUAAAUUAUUGUAAAUGACUUAACAGUGAAAUCUUGAAUAACUGUGGAAUAAAUACUUUUUUAUAGUGUCUUGUAACAAAU